CGUGACCACGUCCACUCUCAGCCCAACUCGCAAGUGAAGUGCACGCGAGUCGCGAAUUGCGUUUACGACGACAGCACCCCCGACCAACCCCUGACGGCGAACGGCGAACAGCCUAACAACUCGGCCGUCAGGUUUUUGGUGUUGUACGUACUGGACCGUGCUGUUGGACAGCCACGAGAGCUGCUUCAGGCUCGUAUCGACUGCGAAAAUGACCAAACUGCCCAGCAUGGGAAUUGAAGAAAUUCUUCACAAUUUUGCGACCCUGUGUAUUGAUAACCUUUGUUAUCAUCAGGCGCACCGCCUGGUUCAAAAUGACGAUGGUCGCGAAUUGUUGAUCCAGAAAGUUGAGUUUGGCCUGCUGAGUUUAAUAAUUGAUCAGGUGGGAGCGCAGUCUCAAACGCAUGGAGGAGGUCAAGGCUCAGAUGAUGCUGAUGAAGAAGAAAAACAGAAUUUAAUUAAAGUCGUCGAGAAUCUGGUGCCAAGUUUCCUGCAAAGACUGGGCAAUGCUAGCUGUUUUUUCAUUCCCUCACCCGAAGAAACAGUCAACAAACUGAUUGACACUGUUUAUGAUUUCUGCCAUCCGGAACAAACAGGUGAUGCUGAGGGAAACUUAACGCAGUACCUCAAUGUUUUGGAAAUGUCCAGUAAUGAGGCUUCUGGGUCUGAUGAGGAGGAACCAAAGGAUAGUGCUGCGCAGGGUGAUGUGGAAACUUCAACAGCUGAUCCUCCAAAUGAUCAGUCUGAUGCAAAUGAGAAAGUGGAAGAAGAACCAGAGCUGGAUGUCAAGAAAAAUUUGGAGGAAGACGAUAUUGAUGAUGUCUUCAGCCGUUACACUAUUGUGUCGUAUAUUGCAGGAGCACUACUGCUAAAAUUUUUUUCCAGAGAAGACGAUGUCCGAAAUUUCACUCUAAAACAAGGCGGCAAAAAAAAAUUUUGCCACCACAUAUUGUGCCCGAGAUAUAUGAUAUCUUAAAAAAGAAGAAAAAAGUGUGCACCCUGCCUCAAUUGACUGAAAUCUUGGAGAGGAAACUGUACAACAUCAGUUGGAGUACCAAAGCCAAAAGAACAAAAGCUGCAAAACAAAAGCUGGAGGUGGCCAACCAAGAUAAUCCAGCUCUCAUGAGGAAAAUACACACAACAUACCAACUGAAGAUUUGAUAACAUUUUAAUGAUAGAGGAUUAUAUAUAUAUAUAUUUUUUUUUAAACGGAAUGGUCAAUUUUGUCGUAUCUGCUGAUACAUGUUUUGUGGUGCUGUCGUGUUAGUUAAAUUGUCUGUGUCAAUUUGUCACUGUCACAUGAAAAUAUAUGUUAACACCUUUGUUAUAGGUACUAAAAUUUU